UGACAUGUUGUUGAUGUGUGAAAAAGGUAGGGAUAUUUUAAAACAUUUCAAUAAUUAUUAAUUAGCAAUCUUGUUAUAGGUAUACGUGGGGGUCUUACACAAGCGAGCAUGCGUUAUGGUAUGGCGAAUAAUCGGAAAACGACUAAAUACGAUGUGAAUAAACCAGACUCAUGGAUAAUUUAUCAAGACUGUAAUAACUUGUAUGGCUGGGCAAUGUCCGAGUGCAUGCCAUAUGGUGGCUUUGAAUGGGUAGAACCUACACUUGAUGGAUUGGAAAAUUUAAACGAUACAUCUGAGAUAGGACGGAUGUACGAGGUCGACAUAGAGUAUCCACAGCACUUACACGAUGAUCACAACGAUCUACCAUUCUUACCGAACAGCGGUAUACCACGUGGAUCUAAAAUAAGGAAGCUCAUGGCAACACUAGAAUCUAAAGAGCGGUAUAUUAUACACUACCGUAAUUUGAAACAGGCUAUGGCAAAUGGUUUAAUUGUGAAAAAAGUUCAUAGAGUAUUGCAGUUCAAACAGUCCAAAUGGCUGGCUAAAUAUAUUAAUUUAAAUUCUGGGAUGAGGAAGAAGGCGAUGAACCAGUUUGAGAUUGAUUUCUAUAAACUGAUGAACAAUAGUGUAUUUGGAAAAAUGAUGGAAUCGAUGAGAUUGAGGAUUACUAUGGAACUUGUUUCGAACGAACAGCGCUUGCAGAAAUUAAUAAACCGAUCGACAUUUAAAUACUGUACUAAUUAUGAACAUAAAAAUAUAACGGCUGUAACAUUGGAGAAUAAAAUUAUAGAUUUCUUUAAACCAAUCUAUAUUGGAUUUGCAGUGUUGGAUAUCAGCAAGACAAUGAUGUAUGAUUACCACUAUAAUGUGAUGAAGAAACAUUAUGGUCCCAGAUUAGCUCUAAUGUAUACUGACACAGAUUCUCUGAUAUAUCACAUAAAAACCACAGACUUUUAUGCAGACUUGGCGGCCAACCAUAGCUUGUUGGAUAGGAUGGACACCGCCAACCUGCCUCAUGAUCAUCCAUGCUACAUAGCAGAUAGAAAGAAAGAACCGGGUGUCUUUUCUGAUGAGGUGGACGGCAACAUCAUUACAGAGUUUUGUGCGCUGAGGGCAAAAUCAUAUGCCUUCAAUAUAUAUGCUGGACCGGAAGAUGAGGAAAAAGAUGAAGAAGACCGAGUAGGAGGAGAAAAGAUUAAGGCGAAGGGGGUAAAACGACAUGUGGUUAAAAACCACAUGACUCUUGAGGACCAUAAGAAGUGUUUGUUUGGGGAAGAAGGAUUAGAGUUGUAUAAGGAGAAUAUUUCAAUACGGUCAUUUAACCAUCAACUCAUGACCAUAAAGACAAAAAAAUUAACUUACAAUAGCUAUGACGAUAAGAGGGUGGUGUUAGAAGAUAAAGUCAACACACUAGCCCAUGGACACUAUAGUAUAGAGGAAGAUGACAUAUGGCCAGAGCUUGAGGAAGAUGGAGGGAACUGGAACGAUGAGGAAAAAGAAUUGAUGAGAGAGUUACUACAAUGUAUAACUUAAUUUAUAUAUUUUCUGUUAAUUAGUUUUAUUGUAAAUGUUAAAUAGUUUUAUUGUAAAUGUUAUAUAGUUUUAUUGUAAAUAUUAGAUGUUAUAUAGUUUUUUUUAUAUUGUAAAUAUUAUCAUGUUACUUGAGAUAGAUUAAUAUAUAUAUAUUUCUACCUUUUUAAUAUUUAGUUUGUUUCACAUA